AAGCAAAACAUGAUAACAUAAACAUUAGGGUGAACCAAAGCAAAUAUCACCAAUAGUAACAUACAAAUGAAAAGGAAUCCCUUUCUUUUUGUGACUUCAAUCCAAAGCCAUCCCUUUCACCCUUUUUCUCCUUCCUCAAAACCCACAUAUAAAAUAAAAUACUUUCUCCAUAUUCUUCCUUCCAUCUUCCUCAACAAUUUACUUCAACCACAUUACCAUUUCAUUUCUUCCAAUAAUAUGUCUCUGACAGGCCGUCCUCGUGUCAUUGUCAACGGUGUUCGAAGAAUGAGAACCUUCCACUAUUUCUGGUGUCUCAAUUGCCAACGUACUGUUAGAAUACCAUCAACAAAUACCAUUCAAAAUUAUGGCUCUUUCUGUCCAUAUUGCUUCCAUCAAUUGCGUUAUGAACUUGAUAUAUCAAGGCCAAGACUUCUCAUGAACGACCCUAACAACAGAAAUAUUGACCCUCCUCCUUCUACUAAUCAGUUAAUGGGUAGCUUAGCUUUCAUCCUUGAUCCGUCUCUUAGAAGACAAGACCAAAACAACACAACACCACAAUGGGGAACAGAACAUGAAGAUGAUCAAAAUCAAAAUCCACAAGCAUGGAUUACACUAAGAUUUGUACGACCAACUCGUCCAACAAGGCCUAUUGCACCACCACCACCACAAAACAUGGCUCCUCAACUCAAUGACAUUGAAACCCCGUCAUUAGACGAGUUCUUUGAUGGUGUGAUUCACAACAACAUUAGACCGGGGCCGCCUCCAGCGUCACCUUCGGCCAUUGAAGCCUUGCCAAUGGUUAAGGUAACAGAAACACAUUUAGCAAGUGAUCCGAAUUGUCCAAUAUGCAAAGAUGAGUUUGAGGUUGAUGUGCAAGUGAGAGAGUUACCAUGCAAACAUUUCUACCAUUCUGACUGCAUUCUCCCUUGGCUUCAAAUGCAUAACACUUGCCCUGUAUGCCGUCACGAGCUACAAGGCGUUGAUAAUCAUAAUGCUAAUUACUACUUUUUCCAAAAUGAGAUUGAGCAGCAGGGGUUCUUGGGGUUUGAGGAAUUUACAAGCAGCUUUAAUUGGAUUUGGAACCAACUUGCUUCGAUUAGGCCUAUUCGAGCAGUCCUAGAUUGGACGCGGUCCUAUUUUGAACUCCACGCUCGUGCUCGUAGUAGAAGUAGCGCUUGGUGGAGAGCAUUGCUCAUUUCAUAGAUUCGUCUAUGAGAUCUCGAUCACACUGAAGCUAUUCCAUUAUUUAUGGUAAGUCGUUUGCUUCACACUAUUGAGGGUUAUACUGUUGAGUGUUCGCCUAUCAAAUUGUGUGAUGCUCAUUAACAUGCUGCACUAACUUAAACUUUCAUCAGUCUGGCUUUUGGCCAUUGUAAGGUGCAAAUUGCAGUUCCAUUAAAUUUAGUUGAUACAAUACAAGAGGUGUACAUAUAGGUAAUGUGCAUGUCACAAGAAAUUAAUUACACUGUAUAUAUGAUAAUGUGCAUAAAUAUAUUCAAAGAUUGUUUUCUAUAUUGUUAGUAAUAUACCCCCUAAAUUUUUGUGGUGUUUUUAUUUUCUACUCAAUCUGGUUUCUUCUGUCAGUUUGUAAACUUUAGUUUGUUUUUGUAUCUAUUGUAAGAAAACUUGAAAUUUCCAUAACUCUUAUCACCUUAAAUACAAAAGAUGGAAAAAAGAGAGAAGAGAACAAUAAAACAUGUAGCAUAGCUGCGUAACAAUAAUAGUGUCAGGAAUUGAUGGUGAAAAAGUUUGUGUGUGGAAUUGGAAAUAAAUACUACAGUAGAUUUGGAUGUGCUACAGCCUCCAUCAUCACGGCCGCUUACCUCCGCUACAUCAGCCACCAUCUCCAACUUGAGGCUCUUCUUCACUCCUGUUUCAAGGUCUUUUUUCGUUUAUUCAUGAGCUUAAUUUCA